UCCCAUUUAUAUCAAAGUAUCGUUGAUAUUUACGUACCUACGUAUAUAUGUAUGUAUGUAUUUAUUUACCUGAAAUAAGAAUUUAUGUAUAUAUACACAUAUGCAUACAAAAUAAUACGUAUUAUACUCAUACAGCUAUGAAACGUAAAUGAUUUAAAAAUCUGUAGAAGGUACCUAAUCAACAAAAUGUUGCGAUUGCAAUUCUUAAUUUGGCUUUUGAUAGUAAGUUUACGGUUCUCAUACCAAUUUUCAAAAAUUGCAAAAUCAAAAUCAACUAAGAUAAAUAAUUCAAGCAAUCUUACUACUUCAAAUAUGGUCUUUAAUUCAAAUGCUUUAUCAACUAUGACGACAACCGUUUCGAUCAACCCUACAAAAAUAUUUUUUAUAACCACACCUGAGGAUGGCACUAGAAACGAUGAAAGCAACGAUUAUGAAGAUUUUAAUCGCAAUACAACACCAAGUGGCUCAAAACAAAUAGACCGGAAUAUUUCACUUUAUCCUCCUCUUUCUCAAAAUCCUGAUAAAUUAAACAAAACGAAAAAAGAAGAAAAAAGGAAAUUUGUAAAUCAUAAAAGGAUUGAAAAUUAUUUUUGUGAUUGUGACAUGCAGACUAACUAUUGUAACAUAAACUGUUGUUGUGACAUUGAUUGCAAAGAAGAUAUGCUAAAAGUAUUCAAAUGCGAUGAAAGAAAAAUUAUGAUGAAAGAUUUGGAGUAUCGAAAUAAUUUAGAAUCAUGCAAGUUGCAAGGUGGUUGGUUUUGUGAAGUUCAAGGUAACGAAUUGGAGGAAUCAAAUACGAAAUUUAAUCUAAAAUUACUAAAUAAUAAUCUAAAACAUCAAUGGAAUUCAAAUUUUUUGCAUUAUGAUGAGCAGGAAAUCGGUUUAAAUACUUUCUAUAAGUACCAGGAUUCCCUAAAAAUAUAUUUGAAAACAAAAAAUGAAAUUUUAAAUUUUGAUAUGCCAUAUCCAUUGGUCGGAAAAAUUUGCAACGUAUUUGAGCCGAUUCAUCAUUUAGUGGACAUGGAAUACACAUGCUUACUUUCGUUAGAAAGAUAUCGACCCAUCAUUCAAAGAAUCCAAAACAAAUUAUCUAAAGCGUUUUUAAUACAGGUAAAAAAAGACGCAACAAAUUCUCCAGCAGAAUAUUGUAGCGAUGAGCAACAUUACACUCACUGUUCUAAAAUUAACGUAUUUUCCUGUCCAAAAACGUUCACGUCUCUAUCAGAAUGUCAAAAGAUAGAAAAUACAUCAAAGUUUGGGAAAUUAGUGUUUUGGGAUAAAAUUGAAGUAGAACUGUAUCACAAUUAUACACAUUUAAAUAAUUCAACAGUUCUAUUCAUUUUAAAAAAUGAAGAUAACAUAGAAUACUCUUCCAUAAAUUUAAAAAUUAAAGUAAAAUUUAUUUUCAAUGAUACAAAUCAUGUCAGUAUUUUUGCUCCGACUGGUGGACCACUUGGGUACAAAAUUGGAUUUCCCAUUAUUAUAGGAAAUAUGAAUUUGCUAAAUAAAAGAUCGGAAGAACUUGACAAAGUAUGGACAUUAGACUAUUUUCACCCCAACAAAAGAAAUUUGGGAAUAAUUAACACUAAAAAUUUGAUGACCUCUUCUGAAGGAAUUUGUCAAAAAUCAGUAAAUGAAUAUCCCAUUAAUUUUGGAGAAAACUCUAUAGCAAUUUGCAAAAUCAAUUUCAACGCAUCUUUGGAAGUAAUGAAUGAAACAAAUUAUCAAAAAAUUUGUACCACUUUACAAUCAAAAAUAUUUUAUCAUAUUUUAAAUAUGAAAAAUAUCACUGCGAAUCAUGAAAUAUUUGUAUCAAAGUAUGGCAAUCCAAGAAAUAAUACAAAAUUUUGGACAAGAAUUGAACUAAAAAGUUUUGAACCGAUUCAAAUCUUAGGAGAAUACAACAAAAAAAACAAAAUAUUUAUUUGUAAAAAUAUUAUUCUUGGGGUCAAAAUAGGGUUCGUAUACGCCAAGUUGAAAAUAAAGAAUAUUCAAAAUCAGAAUAUAAUAAAGUCAGCAUUUUAUAAAUUCGAAGAAAGAGUAAAUUUGCAUUUCGAUCUAAAUGAAGUUGAAAAAUUCUCAAUAUAUUCAUCUAUUAUGUUUUAUGAUAUUACUGACGGUUGUAAAAUUAUAAAACCAUUAUUUUUUGUUUAUCUUACUUUAAUUUUUAACUUUCUUAUUUUUCGGUAA